AGAAGUUUUCUCAACAGUGAAACUCUAUUCGUUUCGUUAAAAUUAGUCUUUUUAGGUAGCUAAGGAAAAGUCAAAAUUCUCUAAGAUUAGAAUCAUGACGAAAAAGAGAAAGGAAUUGGAAGAUAAUCAUACUUCUUGGAAAAUACAAGCCCAAAAGCCAUUUAAGAUUCAGAUUAACAAAGCUGGUUCAAACUAUUAUAAUUUACCCCAAAAUAAGAAAAAUAGACUAAUUCUCAAGCAAAAUAGUCAGAGUAGGAGAUAUCAUAGCCAACUCUCAAAAAUAAAAUAAAAAUCAAUUCCAAACCAGAACAUGUCCUCAAGAAGACAAUACUCCAACACCUCAAAUAGAAUUCUCUCCAAAUCACAUUGGUUUUCCUUCUGUAUUUGUGAACAAAACAUUGAGUAGAAGAGAGGCUACUUCCCAAAGCACAAGGCUAAAAUAGCUUUAUAAAGAAAGUCACGUUCAUGAAGAACAUCAGAAGGAACAGGAGGAAUAAAUAAAUCAGUUGCUAACAGUGGAAAUCAGGACCUCAAAGACCUAGAAUUUGACACCUCGUUUAGCAUAGACUGCACUAUUGAAGAACAUAGUAGAGAACGAGCAGCUGAGAAACCUCCCAUACCUCCUCCUUGCAUCCAGACUCCCAAAAUUAUGUUCACUAUUGAUGACAAGGGGAAGGACAUUAAGACUUAUCCUAAAAUAAAAGGACUCAACAGGAAGCUUACAGAAAACCUUAAACAGACAAGAUCAAUGGGUAAAGUUCACAAGGCCUCAGUGAAUCAUAUAAAUUUUUCAUUCAAUAAACUUCCUCUGGGUAUGGAAAAGUCAUACAAAAAGAGAAUAUCUGAACUUCAGCUAAACUGCAAGCAAGCCAACAUCUGAAACAGAACGAAAUUAAAUACUCCAAGUUCCAAAUCAAUUUCAAUUUUCAAGACAGUAAUUGGGUCACCGUUUAGCUCGAAAUGUGAGACCUGCAAAAGAUCUUUAAGGAAGAACCAAUAUAAAAGAUGAUGUAUAAAGAGCCAAGUGAAGAUAUGGAAAAGAGGCAAUGAUUAGUCUCUUAUUUUAAGAUCAGGAUUCCUUCCUCAGCUGGAGUAUAAAUAUCGAAUUCAAUA